CUCUCCAUCAAAAACACCCAAAAGAUAUUGCAAAUUCAAAUAGACAUAUCUUAAAUAAUCACCCAAAUUUUAUCUCUUCUCUAAACACUUAUUAAUAAUUUUUGUUUUUAUUUUCUUUGUUCGAUUACAAAGUAGACAGAGAGAAAGAGGCCUAGGUUUGAAUCUUGUCAGUGAAAAGUAAUACUUAUUCCAACUGAGACAGCACCAGAUUCUUCUAGUAGUAAUAUAGAAAGCUAUUAGAGGUUAGAAUGUCUAGUAAGGAGCAAAUGGAGUUAGAAACCCAGAACAUGAAGUUCUUUGAAUCAGAGGAGAAAAAGGAGGCUAAUGAAGCUGUAAGGAAGCCAGCCGUAUCGACCCACCUCUAUCUGAAAUCCUCGAGAUCGCUCGAUAAAGACGUCGUUCUUGGAAGAAUUCAGAAGCGUAAGUGCAUGAACAAGGUCAAGAAUACCUUUCAUUCUUUGCUCAGCUUGAAUGCUUCAACUUCAACUGGAUCCUUAACUCAGGAUCCCAUGUGGAUUGACCUUGGAGAUCUCUUUUCAUGCCCAUGAAUCCCAUCAAAUUCAGCCUUUCUGCAGCUGAUCUCAAGGCUUCACAGGAGUAAAUUAAUCGUAGAACUGUCUAUAAUCUAGCUACUUAUCUAUUAAAUUUCCUACCUAGAAUAGCAGAAAAAGAUAAAAAAUUGUCAUUUUGAUGUGUUUUUACUCUCUAACAUAAUAUUAAAUGUACUUUAAAA